AUGGUCUUCAGAAAUUCCUACGACUCUGACAACACCGUUUUCUCCCCACAAGGAAGACUCCACCAGGUCGAAUACGCUUUGGAAGCUGUCAGGCAAGGUUCUGCCGCUGUUGGGCUCAGGAGCAACACCCACGCAAUUCUCCUCACUCUCAAGCGCUCUACCGGCGAGCUUGCCAGCUACCAGCAGAAAGCGUUCAAGAUCGAUGACCACCUCGGUAUUGCGAUCGCUGGUCUCACCAGUGACGCACGCGUUCUCAGCAACUACAUGCGCAAUCAAGCCAUGUCCUCUAGGCUCCUCUACGGCCGUCCAAUCCCCGUAAACAGAAUCGUCUCGCAGAUCGCUGAGAAGGCGCAGCUUGCCACUCAGCAAUACGGCAGACGUCCUUAUGGUGUUGGUUUCCUCGUUAUUGGUCAGGAUCAGACUGGCCCUCACCUCCACGAAUUCAGCCCAGACGGCAACGCCUUGGAGUAUGUAGCCAUGUCCAUCGGUGCACGCUCUCAAAUGGCUAAAACUUAUCUCGAGAAGGAGCACGAUAAGCUGGCAGAGUGUAGUUUGGAUGAGCUCAUCCACCACGGCUUGCAAUCCCUCAAGGCUUCUCUCCAGCAAUCUAAAACUCUCACCCCCCUCAACACCUCCAUCGCCAUCGUUGGUCCUCCAGGUCCAAACGAGUCUGGCGUCAAGAGCGAAGGCUCCUUCAGAAUCCUCGAGGGUGACAAUGCUAAGCCAUACAUCGAUGCCUUGGGUCAGGAGGAGCAGACACAAGCGCAGACACAGCCAACGCAGCAAAGGGAUGUCACUAUGCAGGAGUAA